UUAAUCUCAGACGCCAAUCCCGAGUUGCCCGGAUCUUCAACAAGAUGGUUUGGCUUUUUUGGUCGGUCCCUUAUUCAUAGCAUGUAUGGUGUUCGACUCCAUUGCAUAUAGCAGCAUACAUGGGACGUCAUGAGGUGGUUAGGUUGCUGAUUGAACGAGGAGCGAACGUCGGCCUCCUUUCCUGUGGUAUCUGUCGGUGCGAAUCUACGAUAUGCUUUUCCCACCAUCCUCUACUCGAGAAAUAUCCAGCGAAGCAUUUGCCUUGCUCAGCAUUGCAUAUCGCAUUGUCGGAGAUGCAUUUACGCACGGCACAGUUAAUCAUUGAUUCUGAGGCACCCAUGUACCUAACUCCGCGACUACCGGCAGAGUAUAGUCAAACUAGGAAUAUCACACGACUCCGUGCUGCUUCUUCGAUAGAGCAUCGCUUAUUGGACAGUCCAUUUCAGGAUUUUCCUCCGACUAAGGCUGCCCCAGGUACUGAGAAAUUGUACAAACUCUGUCAGGAAUGGUUAAUCGCCAAAGAAUUCGCUGUUCCCGAACAGCCAGAUGAAAAGUCCUCGGGUUUGCAUACAUGCUUUACUAAAGGAUGCGGUCUCAUGUCAUCCGCUAUUGACAUUCAAAUAGCCUGGAGAAGACACGGCUUUUUUACGCCACUCAUUCACGUCUAUCUCCAAGAGCCAUGGGGUCAAAUACCGGAUUGGCGCCGUUUGGGAGCUCGCCAAAAGAUAAACAACAGAGACUCGUUGUUUGCAAGAAAGAGCCUGCCUUUAUUGCAGCUUCAUAUUAAUAAUGGGGCUGAUAUCGAAGCCGAGGACCCAAAUGAUAAAAGUACCACACCUAUCAUGGUCGCAGCUCGCAACGGUAGUAUAUGGGCCCUAAAUCUGCUCAUACCCCUUGGCGCAAACCUCAAUGCCAAAGAUGAAAGCGGAUUUACAGCUCUGCACGCAGCUUGCGUUUCGAUGAGGCCGGAAGUCAUUGCGAAGCUUCUCGAGCACGGAGCUAGAGUGAAUGCCGUCACUAAUCAUGGCGUGUCGCCUCUACACUUCUUAUGUUCCACCGCCUUCGGACAACAUCAACACGAGGAGCUGCUCAAAAUAAUUCAACUUCUUCUGAGCCAUGGAGCAGACCCCAUGAUUCGUGUAAACCGCACCAGCUUCAACUUUCAUCGGACUCAUUCUGCUUUAGAAGCAAGUCUUUUACACCGGAACUUUGAUGCUAGCAACUUACUAUUUUCAAAAUGUGAUAGGCCACUCAGUACACUAGAUAUAUGGGAUUUAUUUGAAAUCAUGCUUCGUUCACCCGAUAUGAGGAGUUUACACCUGAUCCUCAAGGCCGAUUCGCACGAAUUUAUCCUGGAAAGCUAUCAUUUUCUCUAUUGCCUCCUGAAAUCCCAGCGGGACGUAAGUGACAUGGUGAUGGUUCUACUCGACAAGGGCGUCCCUUUUAAGGAGCCGUUCAUAGACAGCACAAAUGCGGUCUACUGGGCUGUUACACGUCGGAAAGGGCCUGAGGUACUCAGGCGACUUCUUGAAGGCGGUACAAAUCCCAAUAUUAUUGUUGGUACGGGAACGUCAAUCCAAUGUCCGCUGCUUGAAGCAAUAAAGUUCAAGAAUCACGACCAGAGAAGAACCUAUGUCAAACUCUUAGUGGAAUAUGGAGCUGAUAUCAGUGUUGUGCGAAAACACCUCCCACUUUAUAUGGAUAUGACUGAACACAAGCUUCUGCACAAAACAGAAGGUGUGGCGGACAUUCUGUUCAACCCACACACUCUGCAAUCAUUGACCAUGGCUCAGAAAGUUCAAUUCAUGGCCGAGAUGUGCCAGUUGCCAAAAGCAAGGUUCCUAUCGCUAUUGUUAACAUCCAGUUCCACAGACAUAAUUCGGAUUUUUGCAGCUCGAUAUACACAUUCACUCCCUAUUUGGAUCUUGGAUGUCAGUUUGUGUCCUUCGGCAAACAGCCUCACAAUAGAGCACAUCGAUUUCGCCAUUGCCGCGUUAGAUGCAAUUGAACGACAUGGCGUAAGGUGGGAAUCGAGAGACUUAGUUUAUAAGCGGCGUGCUAUCGAGCUUCUGAGACGCCUUAUGAAUCCGCGUCGCGCUGUACCAAUCAGUCUCGGUGCAUCCUGGCGUUUGAGACAGAGGAUCAGCAUCGUUGACGCCAAUAGCAAUAGCCCAAGGAUUAGAAUAUCAGCACCAGAAUAUUCGGCCAGUUUUCCGCCGUGGAUAACUCUCGACGCAUUGGGUAGGCGGUUAAGAAGGGGAACUCGAAGGAUUCAUUCCGCUUCCACGUAGGUUGAAUAUUAUUGAGGAACUCGGUGUGUGCAGCAUAAGUUUCGGCUUUAUUCAUUAUAGAAUCCAUUCCCUACCUUUGGUAGUAAAUGCGUAUAACACUAACAUGCAGUUCUUCAUCGUCUAAAAUGGAGUAUUACUGGGGGUGAAGAUCUUCGAGCUAAUAUGAAAUAGGGCCCAUGUAUACAUACCUAGGCGGUGCUCUGUCAAACCGAGCGCUUGAAUAGCUCCUGUGCCGAAUACAACGU